CCGCUAAAAGAUCACACACACAAAAAGUAAGAAAAUGAUAAGUUUAUUAGUCUUUGUUGUAUCACUGCUGGCAAUUGUCAAUGUCAGUAAAGGGCUAUUCACAUCUAAAAUAUUGUAUCAUGGCAGCAGCAAUUAUAUAAGCAAGGAUGUGUUUUGGUUCAAUCAGACUCUUGAUCACUUCUCCCCUUAUGAUCAUCGUAAAUUUCAACAGCGCUACUAUGAGUACUUGGAUGAUUUCAGGAUUCCUGAUGGACCGAUCUUUUUAGUAAUAUGCGGUGAAUCUACAUGUGGUGGGAUAUCUGAUGACUAUAUCACUGUUUUGGCAAAGAAAUUUGGAGCUGCUAUUGUUACUCUUGAGCAUCGUUACUAUGGAAAGAGUUCACCUUACAAAUCUUUUACCACAGAAAAUCUUAAAUUUCUUUCAUCUAAGCAGGCACUCUUUGACUUGGCUGCUUUCCGUCAGUUUUAUCAGGAAUCUUUAAAUUUGAAGCUUAAUAGAGAAAAUUUGGAGAACCCUUGGUUUGUCUUUGGUAUCUCGUAUGCUGGAGCCCUUAGUGCAUGGUUUCGCCUUAAGUUUCCACAUUUAACAUGUGGUAGUGUUGCAAGUUCUGGGGUGGUUAAUGCUAUUCUCGACUUCACUCAAUAUGAUCAGCAGAUUGGUGAGUCGACAGGGCCAGAAUGCAAAGCUAUAUUACAAGAAGUUACCAAACUUGUUGAAGAACAGCUUGAUUCAAAUGGUGAAGCAAUCAAAACCAAAUUUGGUGCUGCCGAGCUGAAGGUCGAUGGUGACUUCAUGUAUUAUCUAGCAGAUGCUGCAGCUGUAGCUAUUCAGUAUGGUAAUCCGGAUAAACUCUGUAUACCGAUGACUGAGGCUAAAAAGAAUGGAAAGGAUUUAGUGGAUGCAUAUGCCAAAUAUGUAAACGAAUAUUAUGUUGGUAGUUUUGGAGUUAACAUUAAAUCGUAUACUCAACAAUACCUGAAGAAUACGAGUGUGGGAGACCGAUUAUGGUGGUUCCAGGUGUGUACUGAAGUUGCAUAUUUUCAAGUGGCACCUGCUAAUGAUAGUAUCCGCUCUUUGAAGGUCGACUUAAGGUAUCACUUGGACCUAUGCAAAAAUGUUUUUGGAGAAGGUGUCUAUCCAGUGGUUAAUUCUACAAAUUUGUAUUAUGGGGGCAAAGACAUUGCUGGUUCUAAAAUAGUUUUUACAAAUGGAUCACAAGAUCCAUGGCGGCAUGCAUCCAAGCAAGUCUCCUCUUCAAAUAUGCCAUCAUACAUAGUUACGUGUGAUAAUUGUGGUCAUGGGACUGAUCUAAGAGGAUGCCCUCAGUCCCCUUUGGUUCCUAAAGGAAAUUCUAAAAACUGUAGUAACCCUGAAGCAGUCAACAAAGUGAGGGAGCAAAUGAUAGGAUAUAUAGACUUGUGGUUGUCUGAAUGCCACUCUGAAGGCAGGAGCUCAAUGUAAAUCUGAAGUAAUGCAUGUCGAUUAACAAAUAGUUAGCAAUCUCUCGUGAAAGCAAUGUAUUUAUAGUUGCUAUUAUCUGAUCUAUAUGAUCACUACGAGUUGCAUUGUGAGCCAUAACUGUAAAGAGAUAUCGCAUUAAUGUAAUGGGUUCCCUUACAAAAAUCUCCAAAGAAUAAUUGAAUUCGGCUUCAAUUUAAUAGAUAAGGUUGCUCAGUUAGAGUUUCCAGGCA